UGUCAACAAGCUUCAACUAAUUGAACAAUGAUGAAGUCCAAUAACCAUUAGAAUGAAAGUCAUAUCUCUGAUUUUCUGUUGUAGUUUUCCGUACAUAAAAAAAACUCACUCAGGGAUAACAGUAUCAUUUGGAAGAUUUAAUAUCGUCAACAGAAUUCGAGCACUUGUGCUUUGCUUUGACCAUGAAUUGUAGCUCAUGUAUUAUUAUGAGGCCUGAAGUAGACAGCCAUUUAUCAUGGAUACAAGCAAUUUCGUCGUUUAUAUACCAUGCUGUUUUCUUCGGCGUUUCCUUUUCUUUUGGCGUUUUCUAUGUUGAACUCUUGGAUGAAUUUCCAGGCCAUGAAAGCGAGGCCGCUUGGAUCAACAGCAUAAAUUUUGCUUUUGUCAUGAUUCUUAGCCCACUAUCUGUGCGUAUUUUGGACUGUAUACCUGUACAAAUAGUUACUUUUGUUGGAUCACUCAUAGGAGGAACAGGCCUUUAUCUAUCAUCAAAUGCAACUGAUCUUUGGACAUUAUACAUCACGUACAGUGUUAUGUAUGGCAUUGCAAUACAUCUGUGUUAUUUUUCUGCUAUUUGGAUAGUUCGAAGAAAUUUUUUGAAGAAAAGGGAUGUUGCAUUUGGUAUGGCAAGUGCAGGAAGUGGAGCAGGUGGUGUGCUGGUUGGAUUGCUGCUUCCUAUAUUGAUACAGAUGUAUGGUUGGCGAGGAUCGAUGAAAGUUCUUAGCUACAUAACGUUUGCAAUGGUAAACUAUGCUGUUCAACGAGGCGUAAAUCGACAAUAUGGAGAUCGUCUUCCACUAUUUAUUUCAGCUGGUUCACUUAUUGGUCGCUUUAGUCUUGGGAGGCUUGUUGGAGUCUGUGGUUUCUCACGUAUUCAAUUGGGACAACUAAUAUUUCUCUUCCAGUCCGUGGUAACAACGCUUCUUACAAUAGCAAAUACUAUGCAAAGUUUAAUUGCAUUUUCCCUGCUGUUUGAUUUUGAUGGAGCCUUUACCUGUCUCAUAGCAAUUGUUAAUGACGAUGUCUUUGAAGAUACCAACAAAGCAAUGCAUGCAAUGGGACAUCUUUUGGAUGCUGGCUUUUCCUUAUGCAUUUGGGGCACCUUUUCAGCUUGGUUAUACAAACAAACUGGCAGUUACGAAAUUCCAUUUUUUGUUUGUGGUGGAAUUCAGUUUUUUGCUGCAGUACUUAUGUCAUUCGUGGCUUACCUCUUAGAGAAGAAGGAUAUAAGUACAACAAACAAUUUUACAGAUAAAGCGGUUGUUUUGUCAAAUGAUGGUGCUGAAAUUUCAACGUUGCAUAGUCCUAGUGGUCAAAUCGUAGAUGAAACAUUAUGUACUUCGUCAAAUUUCAGUAAAGAGAUUGGUCAAAUCUACUCCAAAGCAGGAUUUCAAAUAUCAGAUGUUGCUGAAAGCUGAAGCCUUGACGUUUUGAAAGAAGAAUUGUUUUCAUGGUAUUUGUUUUAAAUAUAUAAAACUAACAUGUUCUUACAUAUAUAUACAUACAUUGUCCAGGUUGGUGGAGUUUCGAAGAAGACUGACUGUUGGUGUUAAAAUUGAUUGAUUUUUCCACAACCUUAGAGUUAGUCAUCUUUAGAAUCAAGUAAACUUGAUGUUAGGACAGCCUUAGCAUAACUAGCAUGUUCAAACGUUGCGGGAACAUCAACACCAACAGUCAGUCGCUCUUAAGUCUUGACCAACGUUGGCGCUUUAUAUCUACAAAAAAUGUAUACAUUAAAUAUUUUAGUUUUUCAAGGAAUUGUUUGGUUUGUCAAAACAACGUUCAACAAGCGUAGCAAUUUUGAUCAAUUGAUCCUAUUUUGCAACAUUUCUGCGUUUGCUUUCUUUUAACUAAUUAAGAUUUGCUAUGAAAUAAUGGAAUGAAAUUUCAAAAUUUUGCAAUGUUUCAAAAUGUAAGAAUACCUUUUCUUCAUUGAUUGGGGUUAUUCCUUUUUUUCAUAAAAAUAAAUACUAAUAAAAUCACGAAAUACGCUUGA